AUUGCUCCUCCAGCACCUCCUCUCCUCAUCCUCCAAACCCUCUAAUCUGUCAGCAGUAAGCUCACUUUCCAAGUUACAAGGCCAUUCUCAGCACACACUGACACCAUGCUGGGGACCCUCUGCACUCUCAUCACUGCUCUAACAUGUGUGAGUGGUGUGACGGUGGUGACACAGAAGCCUCCUGUUGUGACGCUGAGGAAAGGAGAGACAGUCACCAUGGACUGUAACCUGGGGAUUGUUACUAACGAUGCUGCUCGCUGGUAUAAACAGAUUCCUGGAGGAGUUCCUCAGUAUGUAGUGAGGUUUUAUCACAGCUGGAGCUCUCCAGAAUAUGGCUCUGGUUUCUCUUCACCCAAGUUCACAUCUACUCAUCAGUCUCAAUCAGAUUAUCGUUUGAUCAUCAACAACGUGGAGGAGGGAGACUCAGCAGUCUAUUACUGUAAAACAUGGGACAGCUCUGUGAAAGAGUACGCAUUUGGACAAGGCACCAAGCUGAUUGUGACAAGCUCCAGCCUCCCUCCUCCUGUCCUGACAGUCUUCCCUCCGUCCAGUGCUGAGCUCCAAUCCAGCAAAGCCACUCUGGUCUGUCUGUCCAUUUUGCCCAGUGAGUCUAAGGGUUUUGCAGAUGUGAGCUGGUUGGCUGCUGGGAGUCCAGUGAGCAGUGGGAUCUCUACCAGCACCGCUGUUCAGCAACCAGACAAGACUUUCCAAAUCGGCAGCUAUCUGGCCAUCCAGACGUCAGACUGGAACAUGGAUAAGGUUUACACAUGUAAAGUGUCUUUGGGCUCCCAGACUUCAGAGAAAAACAUCAACAAGUCAGACUGUCCCACUGAAGAAUAGUAGAGGAGCAGAAUGACCAUUUCAAACCUGCUUCUUUACUGUUUGUGCUGUUGGCUCAUUACAAGGUUUACAUGUUAGAAAAGAUGUGUCUGCAUGCUUGUAAUAAAUGUUGUGACAGUUAGGUGGAGACGUUGUAUCAGCUUUGCAAUUGCUGCUUUUUCAAAACUCAUUCAAUAAAAUACUGUUACCCAAAACA